AAUAGAACAAAAAAACUUAAUUUGUCUUUUGUUUCUAUGACUAUGGACUGGAUAAAUGAUUUGAAUUACAUCCCCUUCAUGGUCCACCAUAUAUUUGGGUAUUCCAAGGGGGAAAAAAAAAGUCACACCACAAACAAGCUUUAUUGCGAAGCUUUAUUUGGCGGUAAUUUAACCUUCCCUCCAAUAAACGAAUACAAACCCAGCCUCACUUCCAUGCCAAGUCCAGAGGUGUCACCAUGGCCCUUCCCAGAGCCGCCUACCUCGCCAACCUCCUCCAAUCCUUCAUCACCAAGCGAUCCCUCCGCCCCGGCAAAGCCGUCCACGCCCAAAUUUUCUCCGCCGGUCUCUCCGCCGACACCUUCCUCUCCAAUCGCCUCAUUGAGCUCUACUCCCACUGCGAAGCUCUCAGCUACGCCACCAAAGUCUUCCACUCCAUCCCCCACCCCAAUGUCUUCUCCUGGAACGCCAUCAUCUCUGCCUGCUCAAAAGCCGAUGAUUUGGAGUUCGCCCACCAACUAUUCGAUCAAAUGCCCGACAAGAAUGUCGUGUCGUGGAAUACCAUGAUCAGCGCCCUGGCGCGGGGUGGGUUGGAAAGAAAGGCGUUGGAUUUUUAUUAUAUGAUGAUCGAGGAAGGACUCCUCCCGACCAAUUUCACCUUUGCCAGUGUGUUGAGCGCCUGCAGGAACCUAAUGGCUUUGGAAGAUGGGAGGCAGUGCCAUGGGCUCGCUGUGAAGGUUGGUCUCGAUGAGAAUUUGUUCGUGGAGAAUGCAUUGCUUGGCAUGUACACCAAGUGCGGAAGUGUUAGUGAUGCAUUUGAGAUAUUUGAUGGGAUGGCACGGCCAAAUGAGGUGUCAUUCACUGCCAUGAUGGGUGGUUUGGUGCAGAGUGGUUCUGCUGAGGAAGCUGCGAGAUUGUUUGGAAAGAUGCACAGGAAUGGAAUUCCUAUAGAUCCGGUUGCAAUUUCGAGUAUUUUGGGUGCUUGUGCCAGAGCAGAGGAUGAGGAAUCAGCUUUGCUUAAUCAAAAUUCUCGGCUUUAUGGGAUUUUAGUUGGCCGAUCGAUACAAGCUCUUUCAAUUAAGUAUGGAUUUGAAUCAGGUUCCCAUGUGGGCAACUCAUUGAUUGAUUUGUAUGCAAAGCAUGGUGACAUGAAUGAGGCAGAAGGGGUGUUCAACUCACUGCCUGGUGUUAAUGUUGUUUCCUGGAAUAUUUUGAUAGCCGGGUAUGGUCAGAGAGGUGACAGCAAGAAGGCGAUAAAUAUGUUGAAACUAAUGCAGCAAUCCGGUUUUGAACCUGAUGAGGUGACUUACAUCAGCUUGUUAGCUGCUUGUGUCAAGUCUGGCGACAUUGCAGCUGCUCGAGAGAUGUUUGAUAAGAUAGCAAGCCCAAAUGUGACUUCGUGGAAUGCAAUACUCUCUGGGUACUGCCAGGAGGAAAGCUAUCAAAAAGCAAUCGAAUUGUUUCGAAAAAUGCAGUUUCAAAAUGUCCAGCCAGAUCGAACCACUUUGGCUGUUAUCCUUAGCUCAUGUUCAGGAAUUGUGUUUCCGGAAUUUGGAAAACAGGUCCAUGCUGCUUCCAUAAGGGCCAUGCUUCAUAAUGACAUGUUUGUUGCCAGUGGACUGGUGGAUAUGUACUCAAAAUGUGGGCAUAUCAAGGAGGCAAGGCAGGUUUUUGAUCGCAUGCCGGAGAGGGACGUUGUCAAUUGGAAUUCGAUGAUAAGUGGCUUUGCUCUCCACUCAUUUAACAGGGAAGCUUUUACUUUCUUUAAACAGAUGCGAGAAAAUGGCAUGUCGCCCACUGAAUUUUCCUAUGCGAGUGUGAUAACUUCAUGUGCUAGAUUGUCUUCAUUGCCUCAGGGAAGGCAAAUCCAUGCCCAGAUAGUGAAAGAUGGAUACGAUCAUAAUAUCUAUGUGGGGAGUGCUUUGAUAGAUAUGUAUGCCAAAUGUGGAGACGUCAAUGUGGCACGCCAAUUUUUUGAUAGCAUGCCGAUGAAGAAUAUUGUUUCAUGGAAUGAGAUGAUACAUGGAUAUGCUCAAAAUGGCUGUGGCGAGAAAGCUGUUGAACUCUUUGAGUACAUGCUAAGUACUGAAGAGAAGCCGAAUAGUGUGACAUUCAUUGCUGUUCUUACUGCAUGUAGCCAUUCAGGAAUGGUCGAUGGAUGUAUGAAAUACUUGGAUUCCAUGGGAAAGGAGCAUGGGAUCAAGCCAAUGGCUGAUCACUACACCUGUGUAAUCGAUUGUCUUGGUCGUGCUGGUCGCCUGAAGGAAGCAGAAAUGAUAAUAGACCAAAUGCCAUGUAAAGAUGAUCCUAUUGUGUGGGAGGUCUUGCUUAGUGCUUGUGCCGUUCAUGGAAAUGCCAACUUGGGAAAACAAGCUGCAGAUCAGCUCUUUCGCCUGGAUCCACAGAAUUCCUCACCCUAUGUGCUUCUGGCCAAUAUAUAUGCUGCCCUAGGCCAAUGGAAUGAUGCAUCUGCUGUGAGAGCAUUGAUGAGUGAGCGGAGGGUGGUAAAGGACCGAGGGUAUAGCUGGAUGGAUAACAAGAGUGGCGUUCAUGCUUUUAUGGUUGAUGAUCUGGGGAUUGUGGAUGGCAAAGAUAGUGCUUUUGGUGCAAUGAAAAUUGGCAAAAAAGAUGAACACUGCACGGCUUGGUGAGGACUUUGGGAUCCCCUUGUGUUAUUAUGGAUUACUGGUGACCAAUUUUUGUCAGGUAAUUGAAGCAUGGGACUAGACAUGCAAUGGUUGUGAUGCACCAACAAUAAAUAAACCUUAGAGCUGGCAUAGUGGUUGGUUGCUAUGGAACCAUCCUAUCAAUCGUCUUAAGUGAAACUGAAAGGCAUGUUUCUGUGCCAGUUGAUAUUUCUUUACACCUGGUCCAGCAAGAGCUGAAUCCUUGCUCGAGAAACCUUGCUUUUAGUAAGGGCUUAUAUUUUUCUCACAUUUUACACUUGCCACAACGUGGCAUUGUUUGCUUUUCUGCUACUACCCAGCAGUGAAAGAAGAAAUGCACGAGUAGAUUAUACUGCUUUCAAAUUGUUGUGAUAAGUCAUACAUACUGUGGAGGACAAUAGUUACAAAAAUCAAAGUUACAGAAUAUAUCUUGGAUGGCAGAAGUAAUUUAAAACCUUGCAGGAUAAUGAGGAAAUUAGCUGUGAUUAGGAGGUUGAAAGGACACUGCAGGACUGUCAUUUGAAGACCCAGUACAGUGGUUGGCGCAAUUACUUCAGUUCCAGGGCCACCAGUAGAACCAAGUUGUCGAGUUAGCAUCAAUGGGAAGCCUCGGUAGCUGCUGCUGAAUGGAUAGAUUCCAGGGUAAAGGAUGGCCAUGUAAUAAAAAGGGGAACCCCUUUGGUAGAAUUUUUUGAUUGACCAAAAUGGAUUAAUAUUCUUUACUACAAUGCUGACAUGCCCAUUCAUCUUUUUAAAUGGAAUAAAUCUGAAUUUUUUUAUCAAAAA